AUGGGAGUGUUUCUAUCCCAAAAGGUUGUUGCCACCCUUCUAUUUUCCAACACCUCCGACCCGGAGGUCAUCUUCAAGCUCUGCCUCCGCGUCGCCAUUGAUGAGCUCUCGAGGCUGUCCAAGUACCCCGACGAGCUCAUAGCGAAGACCAACGACACGCGGCUGAAGGAGGCCCUCGGCGUCUGCAAAUCCGUGUUGGACGACGCCAUGGACAGGCUAAACGACUCCGUUUCGUCGAUGGAGGUGAGGAAGGAGGAGAGGCUGCUGUCGUCUUCGAAGAUCGACGACAUGCAGACCUGGCUCAGCACCACGAUCACGGAUCAGGAAACCUGCCUGGACGCGCUCGACGAACUGAAUUCCACAAUUACUCCUCAAUUGAGGACGAAAAUGCAGAACUCGACCGAGUUCGCGAGCAACAGCUUGGCGAUUGUGGCGAAGAUAAUCAGAGUGUUGGCGAAGCUAAACGUGCCGAUUCACCGGAGGCUUUUAGGGCAAAGUGAGGAUGGAUUUCCCGAAUGGCUCAGCGCCGGAGACCGGAGGCUGCUUCAGGAUGAUCAGCAGAACGUGUUGGACAAGAACAAGUGGAAUGUGAUGAUGAUUGGAGAUGGCAAGACCAAGACUAUUGUCUCUGGUAGCUUAAACUUCAUCGAUGGCACUCCCACCUUUCACACUACUACUUUCG